AGGAUGCCCCCGUGUCCGUGAUGGGCUGUGGGACAAGCAAGGUCCUUCCUGAGCCGCCCAAGGAUGUCCAGCUGGAUCUGGUAAAGAAGGUGGAGCCCUUCAGUGGCACUAAGAGUGAUGUAUAUAAGCACUUCAUCACGGAGGUGGACAGUGUUGGCCCUCUCAAAGCUGGGCUCCCAACAGCCAGUCAGUGUGCAAACUCCUGCCUUGGUGCCCCUACUACCGGCCAUACAGAGCCUCCCUCAGAACCACCACGCAGGGCUAGGGUGGCUAAGUACAGGGCCAAGUUUGACCCACGUGUGACAGCCAAGUAUGACAUCAAAGCCCUGAUUGGCCGAGGCAGCUUUAGUCGAGUGGUACGUGUGGAGCACCGGGCAACCCGGCAACCAUAUGCCAUCAAGAUGAUUGAGACCAAAUACCGGGAGGGGCGGGAGGUGUGUGAGUCGGAGCUGCGUGUGCUGCGCCGAGUGCGCCAUGCCAACAUUAUCCAGCUGGUGGAGGUGUUUGAGACUCAGGAGCGUGUGUACAUGGUGAUGGAACUGGCCACUGGUGGAGAACUCUUUGACCGCAUCAUUGCCAAGGGUUCUUUCACUGAGCGUGACGCCACACGGGUGCUGCAGAUGGUGCUGGAUGGUGUCCGGUACUUGCAUGCACUAGGCAUUACACACCGAGACCUCAAGCCUGAGAAUCUGCUCUACUACCACCCAGGCACUGACUCCAAGAUCAUCAUCACUGACUUUGGCCUGGCUAGUGCUCGCAAGAAGGGUGACGACUGUCUGAUGAAGACUACCUGUGGUACACCUGAGUACAUUGCCCCUGAGGUCCUGGUUCGAAAGCCCUACACCAACUCAGUGGACAUGUGGGCGCUGGGUGUCAUUGCCUACAUCCUGCUCAGUGGCACCAUGCCCUUUGAAGACGACAACCGCACCCGGCUAUAUCGGCAGAUCCUCAGGGGCAAGUACAGUUACUCGGGAGAGCCCUGGCCCAGCGUAUCCAACCUGGCCAAGGACUUCAUUGACCGCCUGCUGACAGUGGACCCUGGCGCCCGUAUGACUGCGCUGCAGGCCCUGAGGCACCCGUGGGUGGUGAGCAUGGCAGCCUCUUCAUCCAUGAAGAAUCUGCACCGCUCCAUUUCCCAGAACCUCCUCAAACGUGCUUCCUCGCGCUGCCAGAGCACCAAAUCUGCCCAGUCUACACGCUCCAGCCGCUCUACACGCUCCAACAAGUCACGCCGUGUGAGGGAGCGGGAGCUGCGGGAGCUCAACCUGCGCUACCAGCAGCAGUACAAUGGCUGAGCUGCCUGGCAGUGGUAGAGAUAUGGCAUGGUUCCAGCCUGGUCACACACUGCUCUGCCAUCUGGGCCCAAUGCCCUCUCUGGAGAUAGGCCUGUAUGGUCAGGAGUAGGUGAAUUGCCCCAGCCUCUCCUCUGUGCCUUCAGCAGUCCCCAUCCUCACCCUGGGCCUACUGUGACAGAAUGGAGGGAGCCCCCUGAACUGGGAGCCUGGCCUGGCACUGAUGUUCCUUUUGGUGGGUAAUUGAUUGAUACAGUUGGGGAAAAGGUAGGACCUGGCCUUCAGUCUCUUUUCACCCCUUGUCCUUGGCUUUUUCCCAGACCAAAGGGUAGAGGGUAUCCUGUGGUUCCAGGAUUCUUUGGGACAUUUAAUUCUGGAAUCCCCCUUUUCUCCACCAAACCUUUCUGCCUGGCCCCCAACAUUCCAUGGCAUCCUGAUCCUCAUGAUUAUGCUCCAGUGAGAGACCCCGGUAGGCACAAAGCUUGUGCUUUGGCUGGAUUUUCAGCCCCUGGCUAAGUCUAAACAGCCCCCACCUCUCAGCCAAGAUCUGUUUUCCUUCAUGGAGACUCCAAGGACUACUCGUGGCCCCAGGGCUUGCCAGGAUCUCUGGUGGUAGGGCCACGGCAUGAAGCUUGAUCCUUCUGGACUGUGUGGCCCUGUUGGUAACGGGCUUGUUCCAGACUCCAACCUCUCUCUGACUGUGAGAGAGUUCUUGCCCCCCACCAGCCCACUGCUCUCAGUGCCUCCUUUGCAGUCUACCAUCACCUUCCUCUCCUCUUUGGAUGCCUAUUCUAUUCUCCAGGUGCCUCCUUCCCAACUGUGGGGCAUUAAAGGGAGUCCCACUGCUGCUACCUGGGGGAUGGAGGCACCUGGGCCAAGGCAGAGGGCAGGGACUUUCCAGGGAGAGCCUCAUCAGGAUUCUAGUGCCAGCCCUGGUUCUACCCUUGGUACUUCCCAUUGCCCUUUCCCUUCAGGCUCUGCUGUUUCUCCUCUGCAGCUGCAUGAAGGCACCAUCUAGUGUCCAGCAUGAGUAUAGGCAGCCUAGAAAUGACUAGAGCUCUCACCCUUCAUCCUCCAAGAGGAAGUGGGAAGGAGCUGUUGCAUCGAGGGAGAGUCUCUGGGCUGCUCUACUCUCUCCUUCUGCCGAUCUUCUGCAGCCGUUCCCCCUGGAACUUAGCCAAACUGUGUGAUCUGCCUCUGAACCCUGAGUGUCUGAACCCUUCUCACAGCUGGCCUUGCCCAGUUCAGUCUGUCCCCGCUUCCUUUCACAGCAUUACCCUUCCAGUCUGGGCCCCACUGAAUCUCAGGCUGGAGGGUGUCCCUACAGGAGGUGAGUGGAAUUAGGUGGCUGCUUUCCCACAGGCCUGAGCCAGACCAUCCUCGUGUCAGUCAUGGUGCCUUCCCCCACCACAAACUGGAUGGAACCCAAGUCCCUUCCCUCCACAGCUGCUUUCAGUAGGUGGGAAGGAGCCAGGGCCCAGCUUUAGCUUUAGCUAGACUGCAGGGCCCCUGCCAAUAGGGAGGGUUUAGCCCUCACUCAGUUCCUCCCAGUGGUAACCUUGGGCUAGGCCGUCCUCUUUUUGCAUAUGGGAAACCAAGCCAAAGAGACCACUCUGGACCAAGUCAAUUGUGCCUUAUAUACCCCCUCCUUCUGUCCCCAGUUUCCCUGGCACAAGGCAGUAGAGAGCCCAAGCUCCAUGGCCUCAGAACUCCCCCAACUUUCCCAAGUGCCUCCGGGGGCCUGAAGCCCUGGGGAAUUAUUUCCUCUCUUGCCCAGGAUAGGCCUGGUCCUGAAGGUAGGACAGAGGGAGUUUGGUGACUUGGGCCUUUGAAAGCCCACCUGGGCCUUCAUGUCAUGGUCCAUGGGUGGAGAAUGUGCAGUUAUUUAUUUUGUGUACUCAGUUUGUAAAUGUAUCCUCUGUACUCAAUAAACAGGCUGCCCUCCUCAGGGAAGGCUGCCCAUUCCAGGC